AUGAAAAAACCCCCCAAAUCCAUUAAGCCAGAAUCGCUCAGUGAUGAACAAUGGUUAGAUCAGCUAAUGAAGUCGAGAAAGCCUAAAACCCCGCCAACAGUAAAAGAACCCGCACAGAAGGAACACAAACGCUCCAAAGUAAAAAGCCAGGCAUCAGAGUCCUGGCUGGAUAUCAGCACAAAUCCAGAAUCGUCUUCAAAAGAAAGAAGACUUACCGAGGAUGGAUAUCCGAUUUAUCAACUUUCAGAAUUAAUUUCGACAGCCGGUGGAGGUAUAUUUGACGUUUAA